UCCAUACAAACCUAUGUGGUGACGUCAGCCAGUUUCCGCUGUCAUUCCCCUCUGUGCCUCUCAGCUAUCAGAAUAGCUGCGUGAACAAAAGUGUCGAUUGAGCCACCCUUUCGGAUUUAAACUUUACUUUUGGCCAAAUAACUCGAAGAAUGGAGUUGGACUUAUGGAAUUAAAGCUGGGCGCGUUUGCAAUGGAGGUUUUGUUGCUGAAAUUACUGCUUUACAGUAGCUGGUUCGCGGUCCAUGGUUCCCCCUUGCUGCUCUUUGCCAACCGUCGGGAUGUGCGUCUGGUGGACGCGGAGGCUGUGCGCGCAGAGUCGGCGGUAGUGGUCAGUGACCUGGAGGAUGCGGCGGCUGUGGACUUCCUCUAUUCGGAGGGUCUGAUCUUCUGGACGGACGUCAGUGAGGAGGCCAUCAAGCAGACCUACUACAACCAGUCUAGUAACUCAGUAAAAGAGGCAACAUUGGGCACGGGUCAAAAGGUGGUGGUGUCAGGCCUCGAAUCCCCCGAUGGACUGGCAUGUGAUUGGCUGGGACGCAAACUCUACUGGACGGACUCCGAGACGAACCGCAUCGAGGUGGCUAACCUGGAUGGCACAUCGCGGAAGGUGUUGUUUUGGCAGGACCUGGACCAGCCCCGGGCCAUCGCCCUGGACCCAGCCCACCGGUACAUGUACUGGACAGAUUGGGGUGAGGAGCCGCGCAUCGAGAGGGCAGGGAUGGACGGCAGCAGCCGGAAGAUCAUCGUUGAGGUGGACAUCUACUGGCCCAACGGCCUCACCAUUGACCUGGACGAGCAGAAACUCUACUGGGCCGACGCCAAGCUAAGCUUCAUCCACCGCGCCAACCUGGAUGGCUCUGCACGGGAGACGGUGGUGGAGGGCACCCUGACCCAUCCGUUUGCCCUCACGCUCUCCGAUGAGACAUUGUACUGGACGGACUGGCAGACACGCUCCAUUCACGCCUGUAACAAGCACUCGGGGGACAAGCGGCGAGAAAUCCUCAAUGGCAUCCACUCACCCAUGGACAUCCAGGUCCUCGCCCAACAAAGACAGCCAAACUUCCAAACGCCCUGCAGUAAUGGGAAUGGCGGCUGCUCCCACCUCUGCCUGCUGUCCCCCCUGCAGCCCUUCUACAGCUGCGCCUGCCCCACUGGAGUCAAGCUCAAAGAGGACGGCAAGACGUGUCGCCCAGCCGCCGAGGAGGUCCUGCUAUUAGCUCGCCGCACAGACCUUCGCCGCAUCUCUCUGGACCUGCCAGACUUCACUGACAUUGUGCUGCAGGUCAGUGACAUCCGCCACGCCAUUGCCAUCGACUAUGACCCUGUAGAUGGCCACGUGUACUGGACGGACGAUGAGGUCAAAGCCAUCCGCCGUUCCCGCAUCGAUGGUAGCGAGGCCCAGACACUGGUAACCACGGAGAUCAACCACCCGGAUGGGAUUGCGGUGGAUUGGGUGGCCCGCAACCUGUACUGGACAGACACAGGCACAGACCGAAUUGAAGUGACCCGGCUCAAUGGGACCUCACGGCGCAUUCUGAUCUCCGAGAACCUGGAGGAACCGCGGGCCAUUGUGUUAGACCCUGUCAAUGGUUACAUGUACUGGACGGACUGGGGUGAGAAGCCCAAAAUCGAGCGUGCGAACCUUGAUGGAACUGAGCGCCUUAUUCUCCUGAACACCUCCUUGGGCUGGCCCAACGGUCUGGCCAUCGACUACACUGCAGGAAAGCUGUACUGGGGGGAUGCAAAAACGGAUAAGAUUGAGGUGAUCAACAUCGACGGCACGGGGAGGAUGACCCUGCUGGAGGACAAGCUGCCACACAUCUUCGGCUUCACGCUGCUCGGCGACCACAUCUACUGGACGGACUGGCAGCGGCGGAGCAUCGAGCGCGUCCACAAGCACACGGCCGAGCGCGAGAUCAUCAUCGACCAGCUGCCUGACCUCAUGGGCCUCAAGGCCACCAAAGUCACCGAGACAUCCGGAACCAAUGGGUGUGCGGAGACCAAUGGCGGCUGCAGCCACCUGUGUUUCCACCGUCCGCAGGGCCUGCGCUGUGCCUGCCCCAUGGGCCUGGAGCUGCUGAGUGACCUGCGCACCUGCGUGGUGCCCGAGGCCUUCCUGCUGUUCACCAACCGCGCCGACAUCCGCAGCAUCUCGCUGGGCACCAACAGCAACGACGUGGCCAUCCCCCUCACCGGCGUCAAGGAGGCCUCUGCCCUGGACUUUGACGUGGCCGAGAACCGCAUCUACUGGACCGAUGUCAGCACUAAGACCAUAAGCAGAGCCUUCAUGAAUGGCUCCUCAGUGGAACACGUGAUUGAGUUCGGUCUGGACUACCCUGAGGGCAUGGCUGUGGACUGGAUGGGCCGGAAUGUCUACUGGGCCGACACUGGCACCAACCGCAUCGAGGUGGCCCGUCUCGAUGGCCAGUACCGGCAGGUUCUUGUCUGCAAAGAUUUAGACAACCCGCGUUCCCUUGCCCUGGACCCAGCUAAUGGCUACAUGUACUGGACGGAAUGGGGCGGCAGGCCGAGGAUUGCCAGGGCACACAUGGACGGGAGCAACAUCGUGACUCUGGUGGAUAAAGUGGGCCGCGCCAAUGGCCUCACCAUCGACUACAUAGACCAGCGGCUCUACUGGACCGACCUGGACACCAACAUGAUUGAGUCCAGUAACAUACAGGGUGAGGAUCGGGAGAUCGUGGCUGACGACCUGUCGCAUCCCUUUGGCCUGACGCAGUACAGCGACUACAUCUACUGGACGGACUGGGACCUGCGCAGCAUCGAGCGGGCCGACAAGCGCAGCGGCCUGAACCGCACCGUGGUGCAGCACCACCUGGAGUACGGCAUGGACAUCCGCGUCUUCCACUCCUCGCGCCAGGACGGCUCCAACGAGUGCUCGCAGAACAACGGCCUCUGCGGCCACCUGUGUCUGGCCUCGCCCUCCGGGGCGCAGUGCCGCUGUGCCUCCCACUACACGCUCGACUCCUCCGGACGCAACUGCACAUCUCCCUCCAGCUUCCUGCUCUUCAGCCAGAAGACGGCCAUCAGCCGCAUGGUGCUGGGGGAGCAGAGCCCCGACAUCAUCCUGCCCAUCCACGUGCAGCGCAGCGUGCGGGCCAUCAGCUACGACCCCCUGGAGCACCUGGUCUACUGGGUGGACGGCCGCGGGAACAUCAGACGGGCACGUGAUGACGGAACCCAGUCGUUCUCCGUGGUGUCCACCACACCCGUCUCCCACCAGGCGGACGCGGUCAAGCUGCCCCACGAUCUGAGCCUCGACGCUUACAGCCGCACCGUGUACUGGACCUGCGAGACCACCAACACCAUCAACAUCCAGCGGAUGGACGGGACACCUGUGGGCGUGGUCCUCCGAGAUGACGUGGACAAGCCCCGUGCCAUCGUGGUCAACGCCGAGAAAGGGUACAUGUACUUCACCACAGUGCAGGACCGCUCUGCCAAAAUUGAGGGUGCGUCUCUGGACGGCACGGAGCGAGAGUCCCUCUUCACCACCAGCCUGAUUAGGCCAGUGGCCCUGGCCCUGGACAACAAGCUGGGCAAGCUCUUCUGGGUGGACGCCGACUUGAAACGCAUCGAAAGCAGUGACCUGUCAGGAGCCAAUCGGAUUGUCCUUCAGGACUCCAGUAUGUUCCAGCCUGUGGGUCUCACGGUGCUGGGAGACCACUUGUACUGGAUCGACCGGCAGCAUCAGAUGAUCGAGCGCGUCGACAAGCUGACCGGAGAGAAGCGGACCCGCAUCCAGGGACGGAUCAUCUACCUCACCGGCAUUCACGCAGUGGAGGACAUUGACCCAGAUGAGCUUGCGGCCCACCCUUGUUCCCGUGAUAAUGGCGGCUGCUCCCACAUCUGUAUCGCCAAGGGUGAUGGAACACCACGUUGCUCCUGCCCCAUGCACCUUGUGCUGCUGCAGAAUCUUCUCACCUGUGGAGAGCCCCCUACCUGCUCCACGGAGCAGUUCACCUGUGCCACCGGGGACAUCGACUGCAUCCCCAUGGCGUGGCGCUGCGACGGCUUCGCCGAGUGCGACGACAGCAGUGACGAGGAGAACUGCCCCGUCUGCUCGGCCCUCCAGUUCCAGUGCGAUAAGGGCCAGUGCAUCAGCGCCCAGCUGCGCUGCAACGGAGAGCCCGACUGCGCAGACAACUCGGACGAGCAGGACUGUGAAACCAUCUGCCGGCCCAACCAGUUCCGCUGCAGUAAUAGUCAGUGCAUCCUGAAGAAGCAGCAGUGUGACUCCUACUCGGACUGUGCUGACAACUCUGACGAGAUGUACUGCGAUUCAGAUUUCAUCCCCCCGCCUGGCGAGGACCUUCCUCCGCACACCAGCACCGUGGGCCCGGUCAUCGGCAUCAUCCUGACCGUGUUUGUGCUGGGCGGCGUCUACUUCGUGUGCCAGCGGACGGUGUGCCGCUGCUACAAGGGGCCCAACGGGGCCUUCCCUCACGAGUACAUCAGCGGAACGCCCCACGUGCCGCUCAACUUCAUCGCCCCCAGCAACUCCCAGCACGGCACCUUCACAGGUAAAGGUAUCUCGUGUGGGAAGUCCAUGAUGAGCUCGGUGAGCCUGAUGGGCAGCAGCAGUAGUGGCGCGCCGCUCUACGACCGGAACCACGUCACUGGGGCCUCAUCCAGCAGCUCGUCCAGCACUAAGGGAGCCUUCUACCCCCAGAUUCUCAACCCCCCUCCCUCACCAGCUACAGACCGCUCGCUUUACAAUGCUGAGAUCUUCUACUCUUCAAACAGUCCCUCCACAACCAGAUCUUACAGACCCUACAUGAUGCGAGGCAUGGCCCCGCCCACCACGCCGUGCAGCACGGACGUGUGCGACAGCGACUACACCACCAGCCGCUGGAAGAGCAACAAGUACUACAUGGACCUCAACUCAGACUCUGACCCCUACCCCCCUCCCCCUACGCCGCGCAGCCAGUACCUGUCCGCGGAGGAGAGCUGCCCGCCGUCGCCCUCCACCGAGCGCAGCUACUUCCACCUGUGCCCCCCGCCGCCCUCGCCCUGCACGGACUCCUCAUGACACCCAGCCACGGGGGCAGGGUGGGAACUGAACAAAUGAACUAACUCACUAACAAAGCCAUCAAUCUGUACAUAGGUUACUUUUGUUUUGUUUUGUUUUGUUUUGUUGUUGUUUUUGUUUUGGACAAGAAAAUGUGGAGAGAGAGAGGGAGAACGCAAUCCCAUCCCCUCCAAUCUUGCUCUUGUUGUGGCUGCAUGACCAUGGACAGAAGCGUCUGCAAGAUACCGUACCAGAACCUUGGAGGGAGAAACAUGGACAUAUGACUGAAUGGGACCGGGAGGGAGCAGUACAGCACAAGCCAGCAUACCGCCCAGCUCUGUAUGGGAGUUAGGAAAUCAAUAUGUACAACUGAAAAAUGCGGACCUACGUAUAUUCUAAUUUUGGCUUCAAUCAACUCAAGAACACAGAGUAACAAUUAGGUGAAUUUGGCUUUUAAAAACUGGACAAAUGUCAAGCCUAGUAAUAUAACAAGGUCUCUACUUAUAGAAAUACUUGUUAUCCAGAUAUUAAAUUAUUCUUCAACUGUCCAAAUUAAUCUAAAAUACCAAAAUGAUUUUUAAGAUAUUGUAAAUAUGUGUAAUUAAGUAUAUAAUAUUUUUGUUAUGGCCACAGGAAUUUGUUUUGGUAUGUGAAUAUAAAAUGUACCCGAGCAUUUGGUUUGGUUUUAUUGAGUUUACCAAAAGUGUGUUUGCUGCUAUUGUACAUAUAUCCUAUGAAUAGUGAUUACAACAUUUGUCAGAAUCUUUGCUUUUGCAUUUGAGAAUAGAUAUGGUAAUGAAAUGUUAAAUAUAAUGUUAUUAAUCUCAUAUUUCAGAUUUGGGUUGUAUAGAUUAUAUGAAUACACAUGUGAAUUACUUUCUUAUUUUGAAGGAGUCCAAAUGAUGGUUAUGUAAGGAUCUCGGUUAUGGCUGUGAUCCUGCCAUUACUGUGUUAUACCAUUAAUGUUUUAGCAGUGUCUGUUUGCCCCCGAGUUGGUACGGCAAGGUAUCCACAGCAAAUAUUCCAUCUGAUCGCAUUUGUUUUGGGAUACUUUUAGAUACACAAUUGAGCCUUUUCUUGAAAAUUGGUUUGAAGCAAGGGUUUGCACUGAUACAGUUAAAUAAUUGUGUUGUCAGACCAAUUUGCCAAAAAGAAGGAAAACCACUUUUAUCACACACUAUUUUAAUGGUUUUGUGUCCUUAAACAGACCACAAUCCUGACAUUGUUUAUGAGAUCAGACUGAGUCAAAAAAUAGUUCACAAUAUGUAGAUGUAUUGAACCUGGAAAGGCUGACUGCUCAACAGAACCUAAGCUAAUUGUCUGUCCACAAUAAGCCAGUAAUUGUAGAUGUUGCUAUUAUUUUUGCAGCCUUCGUGUUUCAUUUCUUUGUGUUGCCAAAUCUUCAUGAAGAUAGCGGGAGGCAGCUGCUUCCCAGUUUUUAAGUGGUCUAAAAAGAGCAUGUUUGUGAGUCUGGUCCAUGUCCUACUUAAACCCUUUUUGUCAUUUGUGUUCUUUUUACUAUUCAAAUUGAGAGUGUGAUAUGUGAUGCAAAGUUUAAGUGUUUCAUUGUAAAAUCCAGCUUUUAGGUUGAACAUGUGAUCAAGCAUGUUCAGCCAACACUAAGCACUUACAAAAAAGAGAAAGCGUCCUUUUCAGUCAUUUUGAUUGUAGAUGUGUGUGUGUGUCUGUGUGUCUGUGUGUCUGUGUGUCUGUGUGAGAGAGAGAGAGAGAGAGGAAGAGAGAGAAUGUGAAUGAGUGUAUAUUCUGGAAAAACUACUUGCAGAAGUAGAGCCAUGUAAAAAUGUUCCUCUAACCAGACCUCUAUUUUAGCUGAAGCUUCUUUGCUUCUUUUAGUAUGAUUAAUGAUUUCACUUGUGCAAGUAUUCAAUAAAUACAGAAAUCUCUGCUGCUCACGGGGACAAAUACAAGAAAGAAAGAUAUUUUAAUUCACAGUUUGUUUAUAGUAAAUGCUGAGGUAAAAAAAAAAAAUGAAAGUAAAAGAUUAUGCUGCUUGUAGUAAUACCAGCAACCUGUUAACAUGGAUUUCUCUCUGAAAAAAAUAAAUAAAAUAAGUGAUGUUCUCAGCCUGUACCUGGAUAUCAGCCAUCACUCUUGCCUGUGGCAUAGUCUGUGAGGAUGGCAUAUGGUCUGUUGAAGCAUGUCUAUCGUGAAAAGGAGGUUCCUCAACCUGGCCAUACUAAAAUGGACCUUUGUAUUAACAAAACUGUGGAAGACAUUUCCAACCCCAACGCAUUAACACUCUGUGUCUUGGUCUUUGUAAAGCCUCAUAUAGAUUACUCUCGUGACAAUUUUUGUAUCAAAAGCAUUUUUAUAUAUUAAAGGUUCUAUUUU